AUGCAUCAGCAAUUUCUCAACACUCCCAUGGAUAACUGUGAUCCUCAGAUGUAUUUGGGUCAAGGGCGUUUCAGUAAUUUGUCUCAUCAACUCAAGGCACAUACAACAACUGCAGCUGUAACGCUGACAGAUCUGGAAGAAGCAACCAGACUUCGGAUGUUUCAGCCUGGAUUCUGUCCAGCUCCACAUGUAUCUUCCAAUAAUUCUUGUAUUCAGCGAAGACAGCCUGUAGACACAUCAGGAUUGAAAUGUCCAAUCGUAAUGAUGAAUAAUCCAUUUCAACGGCAGACAGAUAGAGACAGAACUGCAGGAGCUGUGGACGUGGCGGGGGAUCCAGCCAGAGAAACGUCUUACUGCCAGCAGGAUCCAGCCAAAGACAUGUCUUACUGCCAGCAGGAUCCAGCCAGAGACACGUCUUACUCCCAGCAGGGUCCAGCCAGAGACAUGUCUUACUGCCAGCAGGAUCCAGCCAAAGAAACGUCUUACUGCCAGCAGGAUCCAGCCAGAGAAACGUCUUACUGCCACGCAGAAUAUUGA